AUGUCUCUCAAGAACGAUGCCUUCCCAGCUUCCGCUGCCUUCGACCUGAUUAACGACACGCUCAAGGGCAACCCCAAGGAGCGCGAGGAGGCCAUCAAGGCAGCUAAGGGCAUCUUUGCCUUCACUCUCACCAACGAGGCCGGCGCCACCGAGAGCUGGUACCUCGACUUCAAGGAGAAGGGCGUCGCCGGCAAGGGCGCUGCUCCAGAGGGCGGCAAGGCUGAUGUCACACUCGUCCUGUCCGAGAAGGACUUUGCAGGCCUCAUCGCCGGUACCGCCAACGCCCAGCGUCUCUUCAUGGGCGGCAAGCUCAAGAUCCGCGGCAACGCCAUGAAGGCCAUGAAGAUUGAGCCCAUCCUCAACAAGGCCAAGGCCAACACCGGCGUCAAGGCCAAGUUGUAG